CGGGCACCAGUCACCUCCGAGACACUAAGGAGAGAUGUACAAUCCAAAGAUGUGGGCGGCGUGGGUGUGCCUGUGGGCGUGCAUGGGCGCUGUAUCGGGGUCCUAUGACUGUCAACCCAUUACUCAUUAUGUGACUCAAUUAAAUACGAUUCUUUUGGAGGUACCAGUCCAGGAGACCGUGUACCAACAAGACUUCAUCCCUACUACAGUAUUCAACGACAUCCUGCACACCCGCCGGAACACCAUCUAUAACCGCGCCCACGUUCCUGAAGUCGUUACUACAACUCAAUACAACCCACAACUGCAACAUGUCACGGUCCUUUCCACUGUGACGGAGUAUGAAGACGUUACAAACUACGUGGUUAACGAAGUUCUUGUCCCCAGAACGGUUACUGAGACUGGCAUCAACACUAUCUGGAAGCAAGACACCGCUUAUCAGACUGUCCGAAGUACCGUAUUCGUACCAAGAAUUGUCACCAAAACGGAUUACCAAGUGGAGACUAUUGUAGAUACGGUUCUCAGCACAGCUUUCCAAACGGUUCUGCACACUACAACGAUGGUUCAUGAUAAUUGUGCGAAUAACCGGAUUUUUGCUUCCAAUGUUAGAACUGGGGUUAGCGGCGCUGGUCUUGGUGGAGCUGGUGGUGUUGGUGGAUUCGCUGGUGGUCUUGGUGGAUUCGGUGGUGGUUCUGGAGUGGGUGGCUUCGGUAGUGGUGCCGCUGGUGGUGUAGGUGGAGGAGUGGGUGGAGCUGGUGUUGGUCUUGGUAAAGGCGUGGGUGGAGUUGGUGGUUUUGGUGGAGAAGCGGGUGGAGUCAGUGGUGGUUUUGGUGGAAUCGGUAGUGGUUUUGGUGGAAUCGGACGUAGUGGAUACGGUUACGGAUACGGCCACUGAUGAUGAUGAUGAUGGUAGUGGUGAUGGUGGUGGUUAUUGUAUAAAUUAUUAUUAUUAUUAUUAUUAUUAUUAUUGUUAUUAUUAUUGUUACUAGGAUUAUUAUUAUUACUAUUAUUUUUACAGCAAUGGCAUCGAGAAACACUUGUAAUCUAAGUAAUUUAUUGAUUAUAAAUAAAUAUGUUUAAAAAUGAA